AUGGAAGAUGAAGAAGGUGUAGUUACUCAAGAAAAAAAACUUGAAAUAAAUGGUAUAUUAGCAAAUCUUAAAUACAAUGAAAAUAAUAAAGAGAUGGUCUAUUCGUCAAUCAAGAGACUAAGAAAAAUUCUUUGCCUUGAAACGGAAAACCUUCCAGCAACAAUUUCGUAUAUUUUUGUUAUUGGUUUGAUUCCAUUUUUAAUCGAUUUAUUAAAAAAAUACAGCAAAAAAAGUGUGGAUCGAGAUGAAAAGGAGGUCGAGGUUAUACUAAGUUUCGACUACUACAAAAAAGAGAACCAAUAUCACGAUUUAACCUAUAAAGAUUAUAUCAUCGUUUUAGAAACGAAAAUACUAUAUGAAAUUGUAUGGUCAAUGGCAAAUAUAGCAUCAGGUUCGACCGAUGAGUGUUUGUACUUGGCGAGGAGAGGCGUUAUACCACCUUUGGUUAGUCUAUUAAAAAAAUCGAAUGUUGGUAUCAUCGAAAAUUGCUUGUGGGCUAUUUGUAAUUUGGCUGGUGAUAAUGGCUUGUCCAGAAAAAAUAUCCUCGAUACCGAUGCUCUUGAGACUAUAGUCGAAAUUUUUUAUAAAAUCAAUUCAUUAGAAAAUAUUGAAGAUAAAUCAUUAUUAAAACAUAUAUGUUGGGCUUUCCAACAAAUGUUUUCAAUAUUGGAUAUAAGUAUGGAAAGAAUUAUUUUGCUAUUACCAGUAUUCGAUAAAACAUUAGAUCUAUUAAUGCAAGUAAUGGAAAACUUGGACGUGGAGGAGGCAAUUAUAAACAUAUGUCGCCCAUUGGUUAAUUUAGCAUCAAGUUUCAACCCUCAAAUUUUUUCAUAUAUCCGAUCUUUUAAUUUUGUUGAUAAGAUGAUUCAAUUGUUAUAUCAUAAAACCAAUGAUUGUUUAAUUAAUAACCUGGCCCUAAUUUUUAUUGGUCAUAUAUUUCAACAGUACCAAGAAGAUGAUAUACUAAGAAUCCUCAAUAGAAAUAAAGGUUUUUUAAAGUAUAUUUUAAAAAAUGUAAAUCUUUUAAGUAAGAAUAAUGAGAGUCUUAAUGAUUUAGUAUGGAUCAUUGGUAAUAUAGUCUUAAAUGCCCCCUCUAUUCAGCUACUAAUCGACAGUGGUAUAGUCAAAAAACUUUGUAAUAUUAGCACCGAACACUUUGAACGCAGAAUAUCGCUCAAACCCAGAGAUGAUAGAGAUAUCAUCUUUACAAUCUGUAAAAUAAUUCUAAAUAGUUCUCCAGAUCAAGUGUUAUAUAUGGUAGAUUUAGGUUGUAUCCAUUAUUUUUCUAAUUACUUGUUUGAAAUGAAAAAUUUACAUAAUAGAACUAUCGGGAUUAUGUUGGAUUGUUUGGUUGUAUUUUUAGAAAGGGGUAAAUCUUUUAUGGACAUAAACGAAGAUAAUAAUGGUGACGGUAACGAUAAUAAUAAUAAUAAAGAUCAUAACCCAAUGGCUCAAUUUUUUAAAAAUGAAAACCUUCUUUCUCGAAUGAUUAAAUUUAAAGAAAUUUAUCUUUUUACACCAGAAGUUGAUUUAAUCAUUAAUUCAUUAAUAAAUCAAAUUAAAAACUAA